AUGCGGGCCGACUUUAUUCUUCCACCGUUGCUGGGUGUGAUUGCCUUGCUUGCUUGGCCUGUGUCGGUCGCAUCCUCUCUCACCUACUGCUCGUCGACAAACACCGGGUCCUCUCAAAACGCGAAUGAAAGUACCUACCAAUCGAACGGUCUGUGCGAAGACCAUUGCAGCGACUAUGCGUUUGGAAUCCUUCAAGGAUACGACUGCUGGUGCUCGAACAUUGUUCCCAAUUCAGCAACCAAUGUGAAUGUAUCGGAGUGCAGCCAGGACUGCCCCGGCUAUCCCGAUGACAGCUGUGGAAGUACCACCAAGGGCCUUUAUGGCUAUGUCGAAAUCGUCGGUCAUCAGCCGUCCGGAACAGCGACCGUCUCAUCGACAUCAACAUCGACCUCUUCCACCUCGUUCUCUUGCACGGCGCCUGAGGGUAUUGGCGGUGCUGCUAUUACGGGCUGUGUCAUAGCUGCUUCGACUUUUGAAACUUCCUCUUCCACAUCCGAAACCACUGCCGCUACGACGACCGGACCGACGGUUGCAGUCACAACGGACUCCGGGGUGGUGAAGACGGUCACGGUUGGCAGCCCCAGCAAGGCAACUUCCACGUCUGCGGCCGACAAUGUUUCGUCCGAAAAGAGCACAGGUAGCUCGGGGAUGAGUUCGGGAACCAUCGCCGGUGUUGUGGUAGGCUCCGUUGGUGGCGCCCUUGCCAUCCUGGCUCUGAUAUUCGUGUUGUUCUUCGCGAAACGCAAGUCGCGUUCGAACAGCCCAGAUCCAAGUGUACAGUCCAUCCUGCUGGAUGGAAGACAAAGCAAAGGCUCACAGAUGAGUUUUAUGAAGGGCAUGUUUUCCGACAACCAUAGUCAUACCUUGUCAGCCGGGUCCGCCGCCAGCCGUAUGCCGACAUUUACGGACAACCGCAUGAAAACCGACACCGUUCUGUAUCAGAAUGGCCGCCGAGAUAGCGAUGUGUCGCUUCAAGAUAACGAGGAUUAUUCUCGGCCUGUCCUGCGGCUCACGAACCCCGAUUAA